AUUUCUGCCCUCGGAUGUUGAAUCUAAGCCAGUGAUUUGCUGGUUGCUUAACAGCACCAAGAACUGCCUUAAUGUAAGUCAAGGGCACCACCAGGCUUUCGCUUUGAUUUUAUUAUCCUUUUAAAUAUUUAAGGCAAAAAGCGAUUGUCCUUUCUAGCUGUAUUCAGCAUCUUGUCUUUCAAGGGGCCCGGGUACCCAUUUUCCUGUCCUCUGCAGGGGCCACCCUCGACCUGCUCUGGGAGCAGGACCUCCCACCUUGCAGCUCUGUUUGUUUUGGAGUUUUAUCAAGGAAAGACAGGAUGGAAAGUUUUCCUCGCCUGCUGAUGUCAGGCACAACCUCCUGACCUUUCUCUCAGCCACACAGCUAGGAGGAGCAGGCAGGCCUUGAACCUAGAGACCCACGGACACACUGCGAUGACUACAGAAAUCACUUAGGCAAUCUCCGCAAAGGGAUUCCAGCAGCUCUGAUGUGCCACCUCCUGGCACUGCGGACAUGGCCCACAGGCCCAAUGCUUCUGCCCUGGACUACAGCUACGAGUACUACCUGGACUACUUGGACCUCCUUCCCGUGGAUGAGAAGAAGCUGAAAGCCAACAAACACGCGGUUGUCAUUGCCUUCUGGGUGAGCCUGGCUGCCCUCGUGGCGCUUCUCUUCCUCUUCCUGCUCUGCAUGUCCUGCUCAAGCUCCCCACAGACGAGGAUCCCAAGGCGCGGCCGACCGGCGGUUCCGCCAGGAGGAUGGGCCUCCGCCCCCGCGCCGAGGCCAGGAGUCGCUCAGAGAGCGGGGACUCUAGCCCGCACCCAGGCAACUGGGCCCGGAUGGCAGCGCGACCGCCCUCGCGCAGAGCACGGAGAGACCCCCCACCCCACACGCCCUGCGCCACGGGAACGGACCCGCGGGAGGCGCCACCUCUGGGGACAGGCUGCGGGCCCCGCCCGCCCUGCCUCCUCCCCCAGCGGACCUCUGAACAAUGUCCAGCACCAACGAACGCGCCGCUGGAGCCCCGGCCUCAACUGUCCCCUCUGCCUCCGGAGGCACCUGCUAAGCACAGGGCACGUCGGGGACCCGGCGGGCUCCCCCGAGCUCGGAGGAGGAACCAGACAGCAGAGCACCUGGCCCUGAGCAGCAGCUGCAGCCAGGAGCCCCUCCGCCUCUCCUGCCACUGCCCCCAGCCCGAGG